UUUUUCUCCACCAUCUUUUCCAGUCUGUUUGGAACUCGAGAGAUGAGGAUUCUCAUCCUGGGACUGGACGGAGCAGGAAAAACAACCAUUCUCUACAGGUUACAAGUCGGAGAAGUUGUUACCACCAUUCCAACCAUUGGCUUCAAUGUUGAGACAGUGACAUACAAGAAUCUGAAAUUUCAAGUCUGGGACUUGGGAGGACAGACAAGCAUAAGGCCAUACUGGCGGUGUUACUAUUCAAAUACAGAUGCAGUCAUCUAUGUAGUAGACAGCUGUGAUCGAGACAGAAUUGGCACUUCAAAGUCAGAGCUUGUUGCUAUGUUAGAGGAAGAAGAGCUGAAGAAAGCCAUUUUGGUGGUGUUUGCAAAUAAGCAGGACAUGGAGCAGGCCAUGACUCCCACAGAAAUGGCAAAUGCGCUUGGCUUACCAGCUCUGAAGGACCGAAAAUGGCAGAUAUUCAAAACCUCUGCAACUAAAGGCACGGGGCUUGAUGAAGCAAUGGAAUGGUUGGUGGAGGCCUUGAAGAGCAGGCAGUGAUACACAGUGACCAUUGCAGAGCAGUUUCAGCUAUAUCCAUCAUCUUUCUGUAGUUGGGUAUUUUCAGGCCACAAAAAUUUGUAAAUAGGACAGAUGUGAGUUUGACUCCUGUAAUGUGGAUGGUUCUCUUGAAUUGUAAAACUGAACCAAGUGAAUGUCUGUGUACAUUAUGAUACUCCAUUUCUUUCUUUCUUUGUUUAAAGGAUGUACGUAUGUUAAUUUGUAUCAAACUCCUACUGGCUGGUAAGUUUUUUUGGCACCCCUUUAGUGGUUUUGAGUGGCUACUGUAUUUGUGUAAUUAAAACACUAAUAAAAUCUGGAACUGUCA